CCAAUUGCAUUCUCGAUAGACCUUGUGGGGCCGUCAACUGGUAUCCCAUUUGCUGGAGAUCUCUCCACGCCUACCGCCUCCGGUUGUCCUUCAACAGCAGCCGAUCCUCCUUUUGCCAUUCCUCUACCUCCACCUCCACCAUCUCGUCGACGCCAUGGUGAUACUGGCAAACUUAUUUCUCAGCGCCAGCCCCGUACACAAUCGGCUUUAUUAUCAGCGUCUUUCAAUCGGUCAGCUCAGACGCCAUUUUUAUCAACUAUCAGCCAGAAAAAUAGACUUCAGCGAAAUCAGCCGCAGACUCACCUGGAAGCCGCAAGCUCGCAUCAUGGUCGGAUGAUUCGGCAUCCUUUGAAGGAUGCCACUGCUUCUCGUGGAAAUCGAUGA